AUGAAUAAUCUCUCAAUCAAUGUCUAUAGCGAGAAGGAGGAAGUCAUUUUACAAGUCCGCGUGAGCAAGGAGAAGAAAGAGCAACACUUCAGCUUGCUUUACAUCGAAGACGUAUCGGGAUGUGUAAUUGGACACUUCGCAUGGAUCAAGAAUUUAUCCCGGCUUGUCAACUCACAACUCAAUUCUGAUGGGCACAAGAAAUACAUCUGUGAUCGACCCGGAAUUUCUCUCACCAGGGUCCAUCGAUUUAAUUCUCGGGGCAGACAUCUAUGGGCAACUCAUUCGGGAGCAGAUCAAACGGGGGCCUCAGGGCACACCGAUUGCACAGAAUACGGUUUUAUGGACUCUUCUCAACAUUCAGCCGGGCUGGUUCAUCACGCUGCAGUGGAUCACGGGUAUCAGGAGCUUCAGGAUCUCCUCACACAGUUUUGGGUACAGGAAGAAGUCCCGGGCUCGGGCGAAUCGCACCUUACUCCUGACGAGCAGGAAUGUGAGACUCAGUUCUUGACGACACACAAGCGGCACUCAGACGGGCGGUACGUCGUCAGAUUGCCGGUUAAAUCCACAUCAGGGACGUUGGGCGGGUUUUUUCAAACAGCCUGUCUCCAUCGACUACAAUGCAAACUCAAUCGGGAUUCAAACUACAAGGGCCUUUACGACACGUUUCUCGGGGAAUAUGAAUUAUUGGGGCACAUGACUCGAGUUGCGGGCAACCACGCCCCUCUCCGGCCCAUUUACUACUUGCCACACCACGGGGUGCUCACCACAAAGUUACGUAUUGUAUUCAACGGGACGUGCAAUACAGAUUCGGGGAUUUCGCUUAACGACAUUCUGCACACGGGCGCGAAGCUGCAGCGGGAUAUUUCAGACGUUCUUUUGUGGGUCAGACGACAUCGUUUCGUCUUCGCGACCGACAUCGUUAAGAUGUUCCGGCAAAUUCGGGUUCACGAAAGUGAUUGGGACUUACAACGCAUUUUAUGGGUGAACAAGGACGGGCGGGUCGUUCCAUUCCACCUCACCACGGUUACUUACGGUACUCGAUCAGCACCAUUUCUCGCGGGACGGGCCCUGGAUCAACUGGUUAAAGACGAGGGCGGGAAAUAUCCCGAAGCUGUUGUCCCUUUUACAAAGGGGCGAUAUGUGGACGAUAUUUACGGCGGUGCUGACCAGCUCGCAGAUCUCAUCACGCAAGCGGAGCAACUCAUUGGGAUUUGUACAGCGGGCUGCUUUCCUCUGGCCAAAUGGCAGAGCAAUCAUCUGAAGCUUCUUACUGCGGUAGGGGCGACCUCAUCAACGGAAAACGCUCGGGUAUUUGAAGAAUGUGAGACUAAAGUCCUUGGCCUCGCAUGGAUUCCUCACACUGACGUGUUCAAAUUCACGGUUCACAAGUACACAGCUGGGGAAGGGAUCACGAAACGCAUCAUUCUCUCGGAAAUCGCACAAUUAUACGAUCCUCUGGGUUUUCUCUCACCGGUAACGAUUCGAGCCAAAGUUCUCUUACAAAGGCUUUAG